AUGUAUAAUCGCGGUGGUAGAGGUAGAGGAGGGGCAGGAGGAGGAGGUUAUAAUAACAGAGGUGGUGGAGGAAGAGGAGGAUACAACAACAACAGAGGUGGAGGUGGAUACAACAAUAAUAGAGGAGGUCAACCAUACCAAAAGAGACAGUACAAUCAAUCAUCAUCAUCAUUCAAUACUCCAGCACUACCAACAGGUGAAUUCAAUACAACCUUUUAUUUCAAACCUUCAUUCUUGGAGGAUCCAUGGGCUCCAAGAUCAAAUUCUUCUUCUUAUCAACAACAAAAUUAUCAGAACCAUAGUCAUCAUUAUCAACAUACUGAUGAUCAUGUUGCAGACGACGAAAAUACAACAACUACAACAGCUACCACUACUACUACUACUACCGAAACUUCAUCAUUCAAAGAUAGUAAUGAAAUUGAUAUUUAA